AUAAUAUUCGACUUCUAUUUACGCUUGAAAGAACCCCUAUCACGCCAUUACUAAUAGCAAUUGAUAAAGAAAUCUUGAGAUUAUGGCAAUUAUGGGCGUCAAUCACAUCAUUUGUGACAGCGUGUAUAAAGGUGCUGAAGCAGUGGCGCCCCAGUUCCAACAAUCGGUAUGCUACAUAUAAGAAACAUCAUGAUGACGAAAGCUGCAUCAGUUCACACUGCUAUUGCGAAUAACAUCGACGAAAAGAUAGACUCAAGCCAAGCACCGUCCACGCUCGAUGCCGACUACAAUGCGGACCUCGAGUUUACUACAGCCCAGGAGGCGCGCGCAGUCUGGAAAGUCGAUAUUCUACUAUUGCCUUUUAUUGUAAUAUGCUUUUGCUUUCUACAAUUUGACCGAACUAAUAUCGGAAACGCCCUGACCGAUAACUUGACUCGCGACAUUCACGUCACCAACUCGGAUGUCAACCUUUCCCAGACGCUCUUCACUGCGGGCUUUAUCGUUACUGAGCUGCCCUUUAACAUGGUUAGCAAAUAUAUUGGUCCACAGAGAUUUCUGCCAGUGACAAUGUUUCUCUGGGGAACUGUCACAUGGGCACAGGUAUUUCUUAAGAGCGCAACUGGGCUCUACGCAGCUCGUUUCUUCGUUGGGGCUCUUGAAGGUGGUUUCAUUCCUGGAUUUGUGCUCUACAUUUCGCGAUACUACACGAACAAGGAACUAGGGCUGCGGUAUGCGAUCUUCUGGGCAUCAAAUGCCUUUGCAGGUAUGUUAGGAGGACCUUUGGCGGUUGGGCUUUUGUCUUUGAGUGGCCGUGGGAGACUGCACGGCUGGCAAUGGUUGUUUUUGAUUGAAGGCAUCAUUACCAGUGUCUUAGGAGUCGUCGCGUACUUCUACCUCCCAUCUUCACCGACCCAAGCUAGAGUAUUGUUUGGUAAGUCAUUGCGCUUCUUCAGUGACGAACAGGCUGCUAUUCUCACCACACGUGUUCUUCGAGACGACCCAACCAAAUCGUUAAAAUACGGAAAGCCUGUUUUGCUUUCACAUGUACUGGACACGUUCAAGGACUGGCGCCUGUACGGUCACAUCAUCGCAGGAUUCUUAUCCAUGACUAUGAUUGCGCCCAUCAAUGUCUAUGCCCCAUCGAUAAUCAAGUCACUUGGGUUUACCACGCUACAAGCCAACGGGCUUAAUUCAGUGGGAAGUGCCUGUUCUCUGGUAUUUUCCAUCUGUUUGGCCUUCAGUAGCGACAAGCACCAGGAACGUGGACUGCAUGUUGCAGUAGGCUACUUGGUUGGUGCAGCUGGACUAUUAUGGCUCGCCCUCGCCCCUUCAAGUGUUGACAAGUGGACACUUUACGGCGGUGUGGUUUGGACACAGAUGGGCAUGGGCUCUGCACAAGCAAUCAAUGCUGCUUGGUUAACUGCCAAAAUGGAAGACUAUAAACGACCAGUUGCGCUGGCGGGAUAUGUAAUGAGCAUCCAGGUGGCCAGUUUCCUCGGCAGUCAGCUGUUUCGAACUCAAGAUGCACCUAGAUAUGUCUACGGGUUAUUGAUUGCCGCAUCGUGUACUAUUGCUGCCGCCGUGGUGGCUUUAGCCUGGAAGGCCCUGUAUCGAUAUGUUGAUGGGGAGACAUCUUGA